AUGGCGCCGAAGGGGAAGAAGAGGUCGGCCACCGAAGCGUUCCACGCACCGCCCAAGCCUAACCAGUCUAAAUCCAUGCAGGAUACUCUGCACCACCACCGAUCCCGGAGUGCGCAGAACGGGCACGGCGGGUCGGGCAGGGUGGUGAGCUUCACAGGUAGAGGCCAAGACGGGGACGAUGGGGACGACGAUAAUCUCGAGACACCAUCCACCAUGACAGCGACAGCGACGUCGACACCACAGCACAAGCCCCACGGCCGCGCCAGCCUGAAGGAGCGAGCGCGCCAACUACAGGCAGUCAGGCAGCAGCUGCCGAUCUACAGCCACGCGGAGCACAUUCGACAGAAGCUACGAGACCACGACGUGCUACUGCUAGUGGGCGAGACCGGGUCCGGCAAGUCGACGCAGAUUCCGCAGUUUCUCGUGCACGAGCCGUGGUGCCAGAAGAGGCAGCUGCAGCUGAAGGUUGACGGCGAGGUCGGCGUGGGCGUGGCGGUUGGCGGCUGCAUCGCCAUCACGCAGCCGCGGCGAGUGGCGGCCAUCUCGCUGGCUCGGCGGGUGGCGGAAGAAAUGGGCACGCCGCUGGGCAGCGCCAGUCCCGCGUCGCUGGUGGGCUAUUCGGUGCGGUUCGAGAACAGCACCAGCCCGUCCACGCGGGUCAAGUUCUUGACCGAGGGCAUGCUGUUGCAGGAGAUGCUGCGCGACCCCUGGCUGAAGCAGUACUCGGCCGUCGUGGUCGACGAGGUGCACGAGCGCGGCGUCAACGUCGAUCUCGUCCUCGGCUUCCUGAGGCGCAUGCAGGAUCUGCGCGGCACGCCGCACGAUGGGAGAGCGGGUGUGCCGAUCAAGGUCGUCGUCAUGAGCGCCACCGCCGACAUGGACAGGAUCCGGGAUUUCUUCAACCUCCAACACCAGACUGCACACGCUGGUCCUGACCAAACUCAGAAUAACGCAGCCGAAGCAGCACCAGCCCCAGAACAAGAACAAGAACAAGAAUGGUCGGGAUUCUCUGACGGAGACGAUGGAAACUCCAAGCCUCACUCGACCCAGUCGAAACCCGGCACCCACAAGGAUCUAUCGAAUAAGGCCACCACCACUACUUCUCUGAUACCGCCAGCGACAACUCCAAACUCCAGAGCAACCUCGCUCUUUAUCAAAGGCCGCCAACACGCUGUGACGAUCAACUACACGCCGACGCCUGUGCCGGACAUCCUGGACGCGGCCUACCAGCGCAUCGUGCACAUCCACUCGCACUCGCCGUUGCCAGGAGACAUUCUCGUCUUUCUGACCGGCCAAGAAACGGUCGAAUCUCUCCUGAGUCUGCUGACCAGCUGGGCCGCCAGUGUCCAGAAAGACGUCAAACUGGCCAAACAACUGCCCAGGCUUUUGGUCCUGCCGCUCUACGCGGCACUGCCAUCGAAUCUGCAGCAGCGUGUGUUCCAGGCAACGCCCAAGUUCACGCGCAAGAUCAUCCUGGCCACGAACAUUGCCGAGACCAGCAUCACGGUGCCGGGGAUCCGCCACGUGAUCGACACGGGCAAGGCGAAACAGCGGCUGUUCCGCCCGUCGUUGAACCUGGACACUCUGCUCACGGUGCCCAUCUCACGCAGCUCCGCGAACCAGCGCGCCGGCCGGGCCGGUCGAGAUGGCCCUGGCACGGCGUACAGGCUGUACACGGAAUCCGACUUCUACCAACUGUCGCAGGACACGGAGCCGGAGAUCCUGCGGUGCGACUUGAGCCAGUUGGUGCUGACACUGAAGGCGCACGGCAUCGACAACCUGCACCAAUUCCCGUUUUUGACGGCGCCGCCUCGCCGGGCGCUGGAGAGGGCGAUGAUCCAUCUGAUCCAGCUGGCCGUGCUGGACACGGCGACAGGGCGCAUCUCCCCUCUGGGCCGCGACAUGGGCGGGUUGCCUCUACCCGCGAGUCUGGCGCGAGUCCUGCUGGCCAGCGCCGAGCCCGAGUUCGACUGUGUGGACGAGAUCAUCGACAUUGUGUCGGCGCUGAGCGUGGAGAAUGUCUUUCUCAACAUCCACCACAGCCAGAUGCGGCAGCGGCAGCGGCAACCAAAUUCCGAUCCAUUGAAAGCGGGGACGAAGAAGCACGACGGUAAUGGUGAUGACGAGGAUGAAUUUGACGGAGACGGAGACGGAGAAGAGACGCGCGAAGGCCGCGCCGAACGCAACCGUCGCGCCCUGUUCCGUCGCGAGGGAGAUCAUUUGACCUUGCUGGCCACGAUGCAGGCGUAUGCCGCCGAGCAGACCGACCGGCGGCGCUGGUGUGAGGAGCGAUUCAUUUCACACCGCGCCAUGAACAGCGCCAUGGACGUGCGGAAGCAGUUGACGGCAUUGAUGGGGCAGAGAGAGAAGGCGAGGUCGAAAGGGAAAGGGAAGGGAACAGCUGAAAGUAGGAGAGGGAAAGUGGAAGGGGAAGGGAAAGGGAAAGAGACCGAGACCGAGACGGACAAAGACACAGAGGCCACCAACACCAACACAACUCACGACCCGACGACCCUGCCGUCCCGAGUGCUGAAAUGCAUUCUGACCGGCUUCCACGCCAACGUCGCACGCCUCAGCCCCGACGGCAGCUACCGCACCAUCCUGACCAACCAGGCCGUGGCGAUCCACCCGAGCAGCGUAUUGUUUUCGGUGCCUGGAUCUGGAUCUGGAUCUGGAUCUGGAUCGUCUUCGAGGGGAAGUGGUGGUGGUGGAGGUGGUGCAAGAGCAGGAGGUAGGGGUGGUGGUGGUGGUGGUGUUGGUGGUGACGGCCUCCCUCGCCAAAAGUUCGAAGGCAUCGUCUACAAUGAAUUCGUAUAUACCGGCACCAAGGCGUACGCGCGCGGCGUGAGUGCUGUCGAGAUGCGCUGGGUUGCCGAGGUGUUGAAACGGUGA